AUUACACUAGUUAUCUGGGCAGUGAUUCGAAUCGGUCCCAAUGGUUGUGACAGUAUGGAGUUCCAUGAGAGUGGCUUGUUGCGGUUUAAGCAAGUUUCUGACAUGGGCGUUAUACAUCCAUUAUAUAAAAGCACUGUAGGAGGUAGACGUAAUGAAGAUUUGGUGAUCACUGGAAAUAAUCAGCCUAUUGUAUUUCAGCAAGGAACAACCAAGCUUAGUGUGGAAAAAGACAAAACAUCUAUUACCAGUGAUAUUGGCAUGGAAUUUGUUGACCCACGGACACAAAAUACCUUGUUCAGCACGGACUAUGAAACUCAUGAGUUUCAUCUGCCAAAUGGAGUUAAAAUCUUGAAUGUACAAAAGGCCUCUACAGAGAGGAUUACCAGCAAUGCAACCAGUGAUCUAAACAUAAAGGUUGACGGGCGUGCUAUUGUCCGUGGAAAUGAAGGUGUUUUCAUCACAGGCAAGACCAUUGAGUUUCGAAUGGGGGGUAACAUGGAACUUAAAGCAGAAAACAGUAUUAUCCUGAACGGAACUGUGAUGGUCAGCCCAUUGCGACUGCCAAGUUCUUCUUACGGGGAACAGUUUAAUAACGGCAACUGGCUGCGUUUCAAGCUCUGUAUGUGUGCGGAUGGGACACUAUUCAAGGUUCAGGUGACUGGUUAUAACAUGGGUUGUCAGACUUCUGUCAAUCCGUGUGGAGCCACGCACUAAACCACAAACCACUACUGGGAGAGUUCUCUUUUGUGUUUACAUAUAUUUGUAUGAAGUAAUUGCAUGCCUUCAAGGAUUUCUGUUUUUACAGCAGUUUAUACUAACAUUUAUUACAUAAUAUUUUUAAGCAAAGGCUGAUAAUGUUCAGCGGUAUUAUGUCAUCAUCCUGUUAGCUGUAAUAGUGGCACUGCUUUAGUAAGCUUUAAGUCUACUGAAGUACUUUCCUCAGUUGGGAUCUGUAGAACAU